UGGCCAUGGACCCUCCCUUAUCCCCACAGCGUGAGCUUCGGCCCCGGCUCUGCACCAUGAAGAAGGGUGCCAAUGGCUACGGCUUCAACUUGCACAGCGACAAGUCCAGGCCAGGCCAGUUCAUCCGGGCGGUGGACCCAGACUCGCCUGCCGAGGCCUCAGGGCUCCGGGCUCAGGACCGCAUCGUGGAGGUGAACGGGGUCUGCGUGGAGGGCAAGCAGCAUGGCGAUGUGGUGUCUGCCAUCAAGGCUGGUGGGGAUGAGACCAAGCUGCUGGUGGUCGACAGGGAGACUGAUGAGUUCUUCAAGAAAUGCAAAGUGAUCCCAUCUCAGGAGCACCUGAAUGGUCCCUUGCCUGAGCCCUUUACCAACGGGGAGAUUCAGAAGGAGAACAGUCGUGAAACUCUGGCCGAGGUGGCCUCCGAGAGCCCCAGAUCAGCCCUGGCAAGAUCCAUCUCCAGUGACACCAGUGAGGAGCUGAAUUCCCAAGACAGCCCCAGGAAACAGGACUCCACUGCACCCUCGUCUAUCUCCUCCUCCUCCGACCCCAUCUUGGACUUCAACAUCUCCCUGGCCGUGGCCAAAGAGCGGGCCCACCAGAAGCGCAGCAGCAAGCGGGCCCCGCAGAUGGACUGGAGCAAGAAAAAUGAACUCUUCGGCAACCUCUGAGCAUCCUCCCUCAGGCACCUGGCAGGGCCUGGCCAGCCCCCAGGCCCCAACCCAGCUCCCUCACCCUCCUCCUCACUCACUCCCUGUCUCCCCCCCCCCACCCCCAAUCGGCACACAAAUCAGCACCAGCAUCCCCCCUCCCCCACAUCGGGUGAAUCUGAUUUUUUUAGAACUAUGCUCUUCCCUUACCUCCGGGAAGGUGAAUGUGUUUCCAUCCUGCCCCAAUCAGAAAGCAGACUCUUUCCUGAUCCUCCUCACUGAGUGCUUCAGCCCCUUGCCACUCCCCAGGGACAUCACUGGAACCCACACCAAGCAAGACCCGGUGAGAGGUCCUGUUCCCUCGUGACCCCAAGUGAUGACGGAGUCCAGGGUUGAUCAAGGACUUCAUAUGACAGCAACAGCAUUGUGGAAUGGACAUGGGUCCAUCAUCCUUGAGCUGUGGCUUGGGCAUCUUAUUUUUGUUCAUUUUUUUUUUUUGAGUGCAGUAUCAGAGUUUAGAGGGAUUUUUUAUUUCCUUGAUUAACAUGAUUUCCCAGGUUGUUGCAUCCAGGACAUAGCGGCAACCUCAGCCUUAAACUUUGUUUCUGCUCCUACCCUGGAGCCCCAGGCAGCAUCAGAGGGUCUAACCCCUGCCCAGCCACCCUAUUGUAAGGAAACUCCAUCAGAAAUUCAACUGGCUUCCAAACUCC